AUGGGUGCUGGCAUGGAGGGCGGCGAGGACCCUGUGUCUCGUGCCACCCGAGGGUCCGUGGGUGCUGCCUGUGUGCACUCGCGGGGCACGAGUGCUCGCUGCGCUCACAGGACACGUCCCAGCCCCAUGGAAGAGGAGGGAGAGGUUCUGGUUCGCUCCUCAGCAGGCAAUGUACUGAUGUUUCUCUCUCGUGCAUUAGUGAACGUGACGCUGGACCCAGAGACGGCAAGCCCGUACCUCAUCCUCUCGAAGGACCGCAAAACUGUGUGGCUGGGAGACGGACAGGAAAACCUCCCCGACACCCCCAAGAGAUUCACAGGCAGCCCCAGCGUCCUGGGCUGCCAGGGCUGCCCGGCUGGGAGGCAUUACUGGGAGCUAGAGGUAGGGGAGGGGGACAGCUGGGCUGUAGGGGUGGCUGUGGAGUCUGUGCAGAGGAAGGACUCGCUCAGCAUGGCCAUGGGGAAAAUCUGGGCCCUGCGGCUGGACUGGAAUCGCCAGUACACGGCACUCCACAUGCCCCCCGCCCCGCUGGCACUGAAGGAAGAGCCCCGGAAAAUCAGGGUCCACGUGGACUACGAAGCGGGCCAAGUGACCUUCUACAACGCGAAGAACAUGAUGCAGAUCUUGCAGUUCAAGGCCUCCUUCACCGAGAAGGUCUUUCCGUACUUUUGGCUCUGGUCACAGAAAACCUACAUCCAGCUCUGUGCCUGA